AUGGAAUUGGCUUCUCGGGGCAUAAAUAUGCAGGUUUUGAACUGUGUCAGGUGCGGUUACGUCGAGGAAUCAGUAGACCACUUGUUGGCUGGAUGCAUUAUGGCAAGAAGUAUAUGGUGGCAUCUGUUUGUCUGGGUUAAAAUCCCUAUGCCUCCAAACUUAAACACCUUAAAUGACAUCUUUGAGGUGCUCAAAUCUGCUCCAGGUUGCAAAAAGUGGAAGAAAAUCGUUCAUAUUGCAGCCAUGGCGACCGUGUGGAGAAUCUGGAACGCCCGCAACUUAAGGAUUUUCGAAGGGAAGAGCAUGACCACGUCAAGCAUUGUCGAGUUGAUAAAAGAAGACACGUAUACUUGGGUGUCUCACAGAACGAAUCUUCCGGCUCGUCCAUGGAAUAACUGGGUAAACUUCGAUGUAGCUAGUAUGUUGUAA